CCCCUUUUCUUUUUAUUUUGAAAGUAUUUCUUUGUGGUACAACCAAAUUCCCCUUUUCUGAUUGUUCCUUACUCAAAAUUGAUGCAUCUUGAGAAAAGGGAAAACAAAUAGAAAGUCUUGUAUCUGUUUUGAUUCACCUGUCAAGUUUUUUCCCCAUUUUUUUUUAAUUCAUUUCAUCUGUAACUGUAACAGCUCUUUAAUGCUCGAGCAUAUGUCGUUCCGAAAAAAAUCAAUCUGUUUAUUUCUUAAUUAGAUAUUACUGAUGUGGUUUCUUUUCCCUAUUAAACAUAGUUAAAAUAUAACAGGAAAAGAUUUGUAGUCAUGCAGGAAAAUAUAUCCGAAGCGUCAAUUGAAGAUCGUUUGUCAACCUUAGAGCGCUCAGUUUAUGGAAAUUCAUCGCCUGAUUUUGAAAAUAAAUAUGUUGACUCGUUGAUGAACAUCCAUAACAGAUUACAGUCAGCGGUUACAGGGAGAGAGAAAAUCACUUCAUUAUUUUCUAAAUUGGAUGAUUUGGAAAAAUACUUAAAUCCUAUGUUCAGAGAAAACAUGAGUUUAUCAGAUCCUGCUAAGCUAAAUUUAGUUUUACUUGAAGAAGACCGGAUUCGAAAAGCUGUUGAUUCUCUCCAGACAGUGAAGGAUUUAGUUCAGUAUUUAGACAGUGAGCAUGUUAAAGCUGUACCAUCCCUUUGUCCAAAACUGUAUGCAGUUAGUGAAGUUCAAGUAAAACUGCAGGAAGAUGUGGGUCAGUUGUCCCAAGAAACCAGUGAUCUCAUUGCAAAAUAUGAUCAACUUAUGCUGACAUUUUCAAAACAGUUUAUUCUUUGGGAUUCAAUUCUUACAGAUAUUGAAAAGGAAAGAAUGAAAGCAAAAAGCUUAAAAUAAAUCUUGUGUUGAAGUCAAAUCAUAGAAUUUCGUGAGUGUCUCAAAACUUUUGGAACUUUGAAUUCAUUCCCAUAAAUUAUUGUGCAAAAUCUUUAUAAUUAUUGUUAAUAUGAAUAUAAAUUGCCUUCAAAUGCAUUUGUAACAUUUUAUUAUUUGAGAAUAAACAUUGUUAUUAAAUUUCGUGGUGUAA